AUGUCUAUUCCACAGGACUUGCUGGGACAGCAUUUGCCAUUUGAGGAUCAGCCGUCUCGGGAACCAACUAUGUCAGAACCCAGUGUUUUUGUUGAGGAAACAUGUCUAGGGGCUAUCAUUAGUGUUAUGGCACAGCUAAAUCGUCGUAACGGCGUAUUGGAUCAAAUUUCAGCCGAUCACAGCACCUCUUUCCUAUCUCUUUCGAUAACAAGGGAGGGAAAUUUCUUCUCACUUACGCAUGAGGGAAAUAAAUUUGCUCGUCUCAACAAGCAGUUAUGCACUGGUCUUUCAAAAGCGACUAGCAAUCGACAAGUUCGACUACAGGCAUAUAUUGCUCACAAGGAUGCGAUAUUAGCGGUGCAGAAAGAAAAUGACCAACCGCUACUACCAAUUGAAAUCAACAUUUAUGGCUCCUUAAAUGACGCCGACGAUGUGGGAGCUAAACUGAGUAAGUCUCGUAUUUUCUUACAACCGCCUCGCUAUGGGCGUGAAGAGAGGAGAUAUAUGAAUCCGCAUGUUCUACGAUUCGAGGGACAACCGAAUGACGAGUCACUCCCCUAUUCUACUUUAUUUGAUGCGGAGGAGAUACAUUCAAGUGACUCAUCAAGCGAUGAAAGUCUUUCUGGUGAUGGUGAUGAAAUUGAAAUGGAUGAUAUGUUUGGUUUUCAGUUGCAGCAUAUAUCUCAAACCAACGUUCCUGUCGACCGGCGUAUUAAGAGUAACCUCUUACAACAUCAGAAAGAGGCAAUCGGAUUUAUCUCCCAGCGUGAGAAUGGACAAAGAUUGGAACAUAGUCUUUGGAACUAUAACGAUACGGACGAGGAUGAGCCAUUUUAUCAGCAUGUUUUCAUUGGCGAGAGGCGAACAAAACCGCAAGAAGCCAGCGGUGGAAUUCUGGCUGAUGAGAUGGGUCUGGGAAAGUCACUGGUCACUUUGUCAGUCAUCGCUGGUUCUCUCGAUGAAGCAGAGAAAUUCACAGGAGGGCAGGAACAAUCCGAGCUUCCCCAAAAGAAGAACCGAACUCAGGCAACACUUAUCGUGGUCCCAUCAACGUUGUUGAUUGAUAAUUGGAUCAACGAGAUCCGCAAGCAAGUUUCAUACUAA